AUGGAGUCCAACCAGGAAACCUCACUCUUCCUGGUGAAGAUCUUGGAGGAGCUGGACACAAAGCAGAACACCGUUUCUUACCAGGAUCUCUGCAAGUCACUCUGUGCAAGGUUUGAUUUGUCCCAGUUGGCCAAACUCAGAAGUGUGCUGUUUUACACUGCUUGCCUGGAUCCUAAUUUCCCAGCGACUUUGUUCAAAGACAAAAUGAGAUGCACUGUAAACAAUCAGCAAUCAAAGAAAAUCAUGGUUGCAGCAGAUAUAGUAACAAUAUUCAACCUCAUACAAAUGAAUGGGGGAGUGGCCAAGGAGAAGCUUCCAGUUGCAAGGCAGAAAGUGAAGAAGAAAGAGUCCUUCGAGUCCUGCAGAUCCGACACGGAAAUCUGCAACGUGGCAGACUGCGUGCCCAAUUGCGAGCUGAAUGACCAGGACUUUAACCAGGGCUUUCCGGUCAGAAGGUCUUCAAAAUGCAGGAAGAUGGACUGCAAAGACUGCCAACAGUUCGUUCCCUCAUCAGAACCCAACUUUUUGCUUGGGGUCAAUAAGGAGAUGAAGGGCCGGGCUGCCUCUCUGGACAGGCUGCAGGCACUGGCAUCUUACUCCAUCGCCACGUCUCCGCCAUGCGAGAUGCAGAGUACAUACUUCCCCAUGAACAUUGAAAACGAAUCUAUUUCAGACCAGGACUCCUUGCCAAUAAGCGCAGGUCUGAAAGAAACCUUCAUUUCAAAUGAUGAGCCGUUUGUGAUGCAGUCGUGCAUCCAGAAAAGGAAUAUAUUCAAAGAAGAUUUUCAUAAUCUGAUUACGAUAUCUCCCAACUUAAUACCGCCCAACAAAAAGCCAGAAGUUGGACACAGAGAGCCUCAGAACAGGAAAGAAAGCUCUAAGCAGGCUUUCUUCAACCACAGCUUUGAAAUGCCAUACAGCAGCCAGUACUUGAAUCCAGUUUAUUCUCCUAUACCAGACAAAAGACGAGCGAAGCAUGAAAGCCUAGAUGAUCUUCAAGCUUCAACGUAUUUUGGCCCAACUACUAUUCUUGGGCCCCAGGACAACAAAAAGUGGACAGGAAAACCAACCAAACAAACUGCCUGGCCAGCUAAAAGCUGGAGCUUAAAUACUGAGGAGGUACCUGACUUCGAACGAUCAUUUUUUAAUAGGAAGCAGUCAGAAGAGAAGACGCGCUACCAGAGUUCGAACAACCCAUCUCCAAACUUUCCUUCAGCUGACAGGCAUCAGUCCUACCUAAAUGCAAAAGAUCAGCAACCAAUUAUGCAGACAAAUUAUGCUGUGAAACAAAAUGGGCAUAAACCCAAGGAAAUUCCUUCCAUUCUAGAUGUGGAAAAACAUGAGCUGGUCAAAAAGUUUAAGGACAAAAGCAUUAAUUGUACUUCUGUUCAGAUCUUAAGCAUUGACAGGACCACAAGUGUUGGGACACAAACGGAGCAACAGGUCCUGGACCACAAAAAAUGCAAGGAUAUGUGUGCACCAGGCCAAGCCAAGUAUGGAGAACGGCACUCCCUUAAGCACUCGGAUGAUGACUCUGAAAUUGUGAGUGAUGAUAUCAGUGACAUUUUCCGGUUUUUGGAUGACAUGAGUAUCAGUGGGUCCACGGGAGUGAUGCAGUCUUCGUGCUACAACAGCACUGGUUCCCUGUCUCAGGUGCAUAAAUCAGACUGUGACAGCUCACCUGAGCAUAAUUUGACUAAAAUCUCCAAUGGGAGUGCCUGCAACAAAUUAGAAAAAGUGGUCCGGGCAGAUGUCAGUAACACGGACGAUGAACUGAAAACAAGUGUCUGCAAAUUGGUUUUGAGGAUUGGUGAAAUAGAGAAGAAACUGGAGUCUCUCUCAGGCGUCCGUGAAGAAAUCUCUCAAGUCCUGGGAAAAUUAAGCAAGCUGGAUCAAAAAAUUCAGCAGCCAGAGAAGGUCAGUGUACAAAUAGAUCUUAAUUCACUGACAAGCGAGGCCGCGUCAGAUGAAAGUAACUCCCCGCAGAUAUUUCAGUGCCACAACACUCCUCAUGGAGGCAAGCUGGAGAAUAAUCCAGAAUGGUGCUGUUCAGACGCCAGUGGAAGUAACAGCGAAAGUCUUCGAGUAAAAGCCUUAAAAAAAAGUUUAUUUACUAGGAGGUCAUCAAGAUCAUUAACAGAGGAAAAUAGUGCAACUGAAUCCAAAAUAGCAAGUAUUUCAAACUCUCCCCGAGACUGGAGAGCUAUUACUUAUAGCAACCAAGUUGGCAUUACAGAAGAGGAGAUGAAAGAGAGAGAUGGAGGAGAAAAUAAAGACUGGCACAGGAAAUCUAAAGAGGCAGACAGGCAAUACGAAAUCCCACAGCCACAUAGACUCUCUAAACAGCCAAAAGAUGCUUUCUUGAUUGAACAAGUCUUUAGUCCUCAUCCCUACCCUGCAUCACUCAAGUCACACAUGAAGAGCAACCCGCUCUACACAGACAUGAGGCUGACGGAGCUGGCUGAAGUGAAACGCGCCCAGCCGUCAUGGACCAUAGAGGAAUACACGAGGAAUUCGGGGGAUAAAGGCAAGAUUGCAGCAUUGGAUCUACAAACUCAAGAAUCUUUAAACCCAAACAACUUAGAAUACUGGAUGGAAGACAUUUAUACUCCUGGCUAUGAUUCCUUAUUAAAACGCAAAGAAGCCGAGUUCAGAAGAGCAAAGGUUUGCAAGAUAGCUGCCCUAAUAGCAGCGGCAGCUUGUACAGUUAUUCUGGUCAUUGUAGUUCCCAUUUGUACAAUGAAAUCCUGA